UGUGGUCCCGCCCCCCCGGGAUUUAGUGCUGGUGGCCAGGGUGGUUCCGCCGCCGCCGCUUCCGCCUUCGCCAGAGCUGGAUGCAUGGACCUCCGGGAUGCCUUCUCCAGACAUGGUCCCCGAGGCGAGUUCAAUGUGGCUGCUGAGGCUGCUCCGGGACAUCCAGCUGGCCCAGUUCUACCGACCCAUCCUCGAGGAGCUUACUGUGACCCGGCCGGAGCACUUUGACUUUGUCAGGCCCGAGGACCUGGAUGGCAUUGGAAUGGGCCGGCCUGCCCAGCGCAGACUCACUGAGGCUCUGAAGAAGCACCGUUCGGGGCUCAAGUCAAAGAACUGGGUCUACAAGAUCCUUGGGGGCUUAGCACCUGAGCAGAAGGACACCACCUCAGUUCCUGACAGCCCCCUGUCCCUCCCUGAGCCCGAGGGGGGACUCAAGUGUCUGAUCCCGGACGGUGCUGUGUGCAGAGGGGAACUGCUGGGCUCUGGCUGCUUUGGCGUGGUGCACCGAGGGCUGUGGACACUGCCUGGUGGCCAGAGUGUCCCAGUAGCUGUCAAGUCCCUCCGGGUGGGUCCUGAAGGCCCCGUGGGCACAGAGCUGGGGGACUUCCUUCGAGAGGUGUCCGUCAUGAUGAACUUGGAGCACCCACACGUGCUGCGUCUGCACGGCCUCGUACUGGGCCAGCCUCUGCAGAUGGUGAUGGAGCUGGCGCCGCUGGGCUCCCUGCACGCGCGCCUGACCACCCCGGCCCCGACACCCCCGCUGCCCGUGGCCCUUCUGUGCCUCUUUCUGCGGCAGCUGGCAGGGGCCAUGGCGUACCUGGGGGCCCGCGGGCUGGUGCACCGAGACCUCGCCACGCGCAACCUGCUGCUGGCUUCCCCGCGCACGGUCAAGGUGGCGGACUUCGGGCUGGUGCGGCCGCUGCGCGGCGCCCGGGGCCGCUACGUCAUGGGCGGGCCCCGCCCCAUCCCCUACGCCUGGUGCGCGCCGGAGAGCCUGCGCCAGGGGGCCUUCUCUUCUGCGUCCGACGUGUGGAUGUUUGGGGUGACAUUGUGGGAGAUGUUCUCCCGGGGCAAGGAGCCCUGGGCCGGGGUCCCGCCGUACCUCAUCCUGCAGCGGCUGGAGCAGGACCGGGCCCGGCUGCCUCGGCCUCCCCUCUGCUCCAGGGCGCUCUACGCCGUCGCCUUGCGCUGCUGGGCCCCCCACCCCGCCGACCGGCCUAGCUUUUCUUACCUGGAGGGGCUGCUCCAAGAGGCCUGGCCUCCUGAGGGACGUUGUGUCCAGGAUGUCAUGGAGCCAGGCGCCCUAAGGAUGCAGACUGGUGACCUCAUCACUAUCAUCGAGGGCAGCCCCGACUCUGCAACCUGGAAAGGCCAGAAUGGCCGGACACUCAAAGUGGGCAGCUUCCCAGCCUCGGCGGUGACGCUGGCAGACGGGGGGGGCCCGCCAGCCACCCGUCUGGUCCCGAGGGUCUCCCCUGCCCAGGGAGAGCGACAGCAGGGAAGCGGAAAUGGGGACAGAGGGAAGGCAAAGCUUCAGGAUUUACCUCCUGCACGGGCCCAGAGAAGGAACAGGAAUGUGCCCCUGCAGAGGAUGAAAGGUGGAGCUGAGCGUGCACGGAGUCACCCACCAGGAGUGCCAGGCGGCACUGAGGGCCACUGGGGGAGACGUGGUUUCUGCCAUCCGGAACCUCAAGGUAGAGCAGCUCUACCAUCUGAGCAGCCGGUCCAGAGCCGACUGCCGACGCAUCCUGGAGCAUUACCAGUGGGAUCUCUCUGCGGCCAGUCGCUAUGUCCUGGCUCGGCCCUGAGCGCUGCCCCCUUGGGCACGGAUACCGGCCUGGAUGGACGGCCUGGCCGUGUGGGACCAAGCGGAACCAGAACGGAUCCCACCAGGGCAGAACUUCCUCCAUGGGGAGACUGUGCCAGAGGCAGCUGCAGCAGGAGCUGGGGCCGGGCAUGGGCGAGCAUCUUUUCCCGUACCCGUUGGCCUCUGAAGGCUCCAGCCUCCUUGGCUGGUUCAUAGAAGGAUCUAGUCUGGUCUGCCUACCGUAUUCCCAACUAAAAGAACUUGGAGAGACAGAGCUGUCCCCCAUCACACGCUUGCUCAGGAGGACCUUAGGAACAGCCAUCCGGAGUGGCCAGGCCCCACCACGCCAGACUCUGUGUGCACAGCCAUCCCAGAUGGCAGACGCCUCCCUCUGGAUUCGGGGUACGUGGCCCAGACUGCUUGGCUAGGUCCGGGGCCAUGAUGGAGGAUGGCGUUGCCUUCUUGAACUCAAGGACACUGGACCUGGGCAGCCUGGAUGGUGAAACGGGCCAGCCCCCCC